GACCGCGAUACAUUUUUGUCGUUAAAAAAAUUAUCGGGGUUCGCGAAGGGAUGCCGAGGCACGAGGCGCUGGUUCUGCUACUCUGCCUCUUGGGGCUGUGGCUGUGCCCGCAGGUCCGAGGCUACUUCGCGAGUGUGGACGCUCACGUCGAGGAGUGCUUCUUCGACCGCGUCAGCUCCGGCAUGAAGAUGAGUCUCACGUUCGAGGUCGUGGAGGGCGGCUUUCUCGACAUCGACGUAAAGAUAAUUGGGCCAGAUGACAGGGUCAUAUACAGUGGAGACAGGGAGUCUAAUGGGAAGUACACGUUUGCGGCUCACAUGGACGGGGAGUUCCGGUACUGCUUCAGCAACCAGAUGUCCUCCAUGACACCCAAGGUGGUCAUGUUCAACAUGGACGUGGGAGACGCACCGAAGGAUCGCAUUGAAGGGGACGAGCAAAGUCAGUUGGAGGGGAUGGUGUCGGAGUUGUCUCAGGGCCUCACUGUCGUCAAGCACGAGCAGGAGUACAUGGAGGUUCGGGAGAGGAUACACAGAAUGAUCAAUGACAACACAAACUCUCGUGUCGUGUGGUGGGCAGUGUUCGAAGCAUUUCUCCUGGUGGCCAUGACUUUUGGACAGAUCUACUAUCUCAAGAGGUUUUUUGAAGUGAGGAGAGUCAUUUAGAGGCGGAAAAUCACAGGGUGUCCCCCUUUGCUCACCUGGCAGCGGACUCUCUCAGACUCUGUUCACUCUUAUGUCUGUACUAUUAUAUAUACAGGAAUCACUGUAAUGAAAAUCACUCUUUUCCCUCUCGAAACUUACACAACCUGAUCUUCCUCUCCCCAAUGCUGCACAGC